AUGGCGGCUACCGCAGCCAGUGCCAUGGCUCAUCAAAUGCCGCCCAUGGCUAUUCCCGCCAUGCCUCGAAUACGGCCUCCACGACUACUGAAAGGAGAGCCACAUCCUAACAAUGCCCCAAUGCCACCCGUAUCCCCCAAUCACCCGAGCGCGAAAUGGGUGCAAGGCAAAUGGCGGACGGGAAAUUCUAAAGCUGUCAAGAAUAAAAGGGCAACGCAAGACAUCCAAGUCGCAAAGGCCCUCCGACAUCAGACGCAUGGGUUGGACAUAUACGCCUAUCGCCAUAUUCGAACGAAUCAGGUCGUCUAUAGCUUGACAAGGACGUUGCAGGAAAACAAGGUACUCACCCAACUGCUCUAUCAUGGCAAGAAGACUGUACCCUCCUCAGUUCGGAACGACAUGUGGACGCCAUAUUUCUCCAUACAUUUCCCUCCAACGCCCGCCGGAGCCCUGGAAGGUCUCUUCGCUUUUCAGAAACUGCGCGAGCUCUCGACUCAAAGGCAGUUGUCCCCUCCCGAGAACCUCAUACGAGCCACUCAAGAAGAUAUAGACGUUGUCAAGUCGAAACUAGGAUCUCCAACAACGUUACAAGAAAUGGCGGCCCGCGACGAGUUACAGGGCAAGAUCCCCAAGCUCAACGAGAUCCUGCCGAAGAAACUGAGGGCACAGAAAUUGAUGGACCAGAAAGCUACCAGCGUUGCCGACGCCGCGUUUGUGCUGGACUGGAUCCUGUCCGGGCCAAGUCCCUGGGAGCGUGUAACAACAGUUGCCAAGAAGCGAGCCAUCAAGGCCUCAGAAUCGUCUGGUAGAACAGUAGCGAGGCUAGGAAAAGUCCGCAAGGAAAUCGAGCAGAAAGCCGCCGAGAUCCGCCGACGUGCUUCUCUAGCGGUUGAGAGUCUUGCCGAUGGAGACCGAGCGUCCCUGCGUCUUACCUUCGAUGCCAUCCAUCAGCUCAGCAUGGAACAUCGCAGCAUCAUUAGUGAAAAGGGUGACAAACUCGACGAUCCCGAUACCCAACUCUCGGUCGAUCUGGACAACCUCCGGGAAUUUGAACCAGCAGGCACAAAAGUGAAGGUGAACAGGAAAGAGCCCCUCGCCCUGCAGAGGCAACAGAGGCGUGCUACAUUAGCGGCCGAAAACAAUGCGUUCAAAGAACGCAUACAGACGGCCAAGUACGCCGAACAUGAGGCGAUCAAGGAUUGGUUCCAGCACAACGAAACCCCUAGCACGGAGACGGGCUCGCUGUGGGAGUCCGUGUCCCUGGCCCGAGAAAACGCGUUGGACACCUACGACACACAGCAAAAGAUGAGCAAACUCGCCGCAGCGGGCGAAGUGGAAACUGGAUCAAAGCCAGACAAUACCCCAAAAACCGAAACCGUGCAAUCCAGCCUCUCAGCCCUCAAGCCCGACUGGGCCACCGAACCGCGCUCCGUGAAGAUGUACUGGGCGGACGUGAACGACGGGCUUUUUGCCUCGUCGUGGCCUAGAAACGUCGUCCACGGGUCUCUCGCGCCCUUUGGCGUCGCCAAGGCCUGGACAUGGGCGCCACAUCUCGACGAGGCGGGCAGCCUCAUCACAGACAGCCCGCGGGUCAAGGUCGCCAAGGUGGUGGGCAAGAGCGUGCACGUCAUGGGAAGUAGUCUCGACGACGGCUGGGUGACGGAGGAGAUGCUGCAGGGAGGAAAGAGACCUCCUGUGUGGGCGGAGCCGCCGCCGCCGCCGCCUGUGCCACAGGAGGACGUGCAGGUCGAGUACCAGCGCUUGGACGAGUCGGCCACAUCGCCCAGAAGAGAUCCCGCCGUGUUCCACGACGAGGACAUCGUGGUCGAAGAGCGACGACAAGGCCUCUGGGCACGCGUUCGGCGUAUGUUUGGGAGGUAG